AUGAAGACUUACGCCAACCUCCGCAAGUGGCCAAUGGCAGAGGCGGAGUUUGUUCGGUCAAUAAGCCACGGCGGUAGCCAGCGUCGUACCACGGUGGCUGACAGCAUAUCUUGUAGGCAAAUGUACCUUAGAAGCUACACUUUCACAAGAAAAGAGAGCGAAUGCGAAGACACUAGUGACCAGCGAAAAAGAGGAGGGAAGAAGAAGAAGGCGGCGAAGAAAGGUUGA